ACUUUGACCUGGAUCCAACUUCAGAAUGAGAAACGUAAGCUUAGUGAAGGCCUUUGCUGGGCUGGCAGCGGUGAUAGCUCCGUUUGCUGGCGCCAUAGAGCUCGAUGUCACCAAUGCGGGUUCAAUCAAGAAUGCCUCCAGCAUCAUCGCAUACAAUCUCAUGAAAUACUACACCGGCAAUGUCACCAACACGCCUUCGACAAUCGCAGUUCUACCGGCCCCGUAUUAUUGGUGGGAGGCCGGUGCAAUGUGGGGAGCAAUGGUGGACUACUAUCACUACACUGGGGAUCCCUCAUACAACGAAGUCACGACACAAGCUCUCCUCUCUCAGGUUGGCCCGUCGUCAGAUUUCAUGAUGCCUAACCACAAGGGAGAUGAAGGCAACGAUGAUCAGGCAUUCUGGGGUUUUGCAGCAAUGUCUGCGGCCGAAAAGGGCUUCCCACAACCUACUACGGGCAAAUCCUCUUGGGUUCAGCUUGUCGAGAAUCUUUGGAAUACACAAGUGAAUCGUUGGGACCUCGGUUCCUGCAACGGAGGACUGAAAUGGCAGAUCUUCCUUUCCAAUAACGGGUACGAUUACAAGAACUCCGUCGCCAAUGGUGCCUUCUUCCAGCUCUCCGCUCGCCUGGCACGUUUCACCGGGAAUCAGACCUAUCUUGACUGGGCUCAGAAAUCAUACGACUGGUCCGUCAACGUAGGACUCAUAGACCCCAGCUACCAAGUCUUUGACGGAACGGAUGACACCAAGAACUGCUCGAGCCAAAGUAAGGUCGUUUGGACCUACAAUACCGGCAUCUACAUGUACGGAGCAGCUGUUCUUUACAAUUUCACCAACGGUUCGGCUCUUUGGGGUGAGCGAACCCAGGGCUUCUUGGAUGCUUCGGCACAGUAUUUCAACCCUUAUAAAAACUACUCGAAUGCAAUGUGUGAGACCGCUUGCGAAACCGUCAAUACUUGCAACAACGAUGAGUAUUCCUUCAAAGGGUACCUCUCCCGCUUUAUGUGGGCUUCCACUCUCAUGGCACCUUUCACCAAAAAUCAAAUAACCACGUAUCUGCAAGGUAGCGCCGAGGCCGCCGCACGGGCUUGUUCAGGAGGUGCAAAUGGCGUGACUUGUGGCCAGCAUUGGUACUGGGCGACGGCUUACGACGGGAGUUAUGGAGUAGGCCAGCAGAUGAGCGCCUUGGAGACUAUCCAGGGGUUGUUAGUCUCGGAAUCUGAGCCUCCAGUGACUGGCGUGUCCUCUGUGGGUAAGGCGCCUCCAUCUCCACGACCCAAACAGGUGGCCCGAGCAUGCGCAGCCCCUCAAUAAGGUUGGCAUCAGGGUCCAUGGGUGAAGUGCAGCAGGAAAUAGCAUCUCUGAGCUACAGCAGAUUUUGGGGGAAGGCUGUUGUCUGCAGUUCAGAUGCUUCGACCAUUAUACCUUUAUCCACACAUCCGGGUCGGAUUAAUUUGGCGAAUUUGGGAACUUUGGGCAGGUUGGUGUUCAGGAAAAGGAUUAACUCAUAAUCGCAAAAGGUGUAUAUGAGAUUCGUAGACGUACAUACCCAUUAAACAACAGAUGAAUGCAAGGGC